AUGCUCAGGAUACUCACAAUCACUCUGGCUUUCGUAGCGAUUGUCUCCGGAGAACUGUCGAAAACCAAAGAAGAUAAAACACUUAAAGAUUUGGAGGAUAAAAUUGUUAAUGACAUCAUCACACACAAAGUCAUGGUAUACAGUAAGACUUAUUGUCCAUGGAGCAAGCGGCUGAAGGUGAUCCUUGCCAAUUAUGAGAUUGAUGAUAUGAAAAUUGUGGAAUUAGAUAGAUCAAAUCAGACAGAGGAGAUGCAGGAGAUCCUCAAAAAAUACUCCGGUAGAACACCGUUCCUCAACUCUUCAUCAGUGGAAAGUUUGUGGGUGGACAUGACGAAACAAAGGCUAUCGAGGAGAAAGGAGAGCUUCGACCAAUGCUGGAGAAGGCUCACGCUUUGUUCACUAACCGAGUACCUGUACCUGACAACGGUGCGUGAGUUGGUUUGUGCAUGUGUCAAUCUCUCUCAUCGUCCAAUAUCACGUAUAUAA